UGAAUGUAGGUCAGUGCAAUUCUCCGCGAGCGAAUCACGUGACGGUGAAAGUCGAGGGGGCACGCGCAGUUUUUUUUCACACUUUAGUAAACAACAUGGCGAUUCACGGACUAGCCCUGCUAGCCGACUGAUCGACCACAGUGUGGAAGAACUACACCAGACUGUCUAACAAGUAAUGUGUGACAGACCAGGCUGACUUCUCGGAAAUAGCAAACAGUCAAGUUUGGGCCGAUACGACCGGGAGCCGAGCCAACGAGCUGUCACGAAGACUGUCAAAGGCCCUCGGGGUUUAUGGGCUCUCAGUCUAGUUCUGGGAUGUCUGGUGGAAGAGGCUCUUCCAGUGGCAACCCAGCAGAACAGUCCGAAGCAGGAGAACCGAACCAGAGCAGCAGCCGAGGCCGCAGGACGGCCGACAGGCAUCAGGGAGACGGACAGUCUGCUUCGGAGGAGGACGUCGAUUUAGCUGAAGUGCUGGCUUAUCUACUGAGAAGGGGCCAGGUUAGGCUGGUCCAUGGCAGCGGAGCCACGGGGCUACAGUUGGUCCAGUCACACUCGGACUCUGACGAUGACAGCGAAGGGGCCUGGGAUGGACGUCUGGGUGACCGCUACAAUCCACCAGUGGACACCCAACCGGACACACAUGAGAUAGACACCAGUGAGAUCCGGACGCAGAUCCUGCUGGCUACUGCCUCGUCCUCCUUGAAUGGCCGUCACAGCUUCACCUACAUGCUAACAGAGAGAGAGCAAGGCCGUUGUCGAGGUUCUAGUUUUUCUCAUGGGGAGUGCAGCCGAAUACGAACACAUUUCCUGCCAAACUACGUGUCCCAUAAGGAUACGUACCAGCAGAAAGCCUUUUGUGGAGUUUACAGUGAAGAUGGCAACAUGUUUCUCUCUGCUUGUCAAGACCAGGUCAUUCGUUUGUACGACACAAGCAAGGGCCGCUUUCACCUUCAGCGGACGGUGAAGGCGCGCGACGUGGGCUGGAGCGUGCUCGACGUCUGCUUCACUCCCGAUGCUCGGCAUGUGCUGUACUCCAGCUGGUCUGACUACAUUCAUUUGUGCAGUAUAGAUGGAGACAGUGAAAACCACACCGCCCUGGACCUCAAUCCAGAUGAGAGGAGGUUCUGUGUGUUCUCUCUGACGGCGUCAACAGAUGGGAAAGAGAUUCUGGGCGGAGCAAACGAUGGCUGCCUUUACGUUUUUGAUCUGGAGCAGAAUAGACGAACGUUGAAGAUCGAUGCCCACGAGGACGACGUGAAUGCGGUGGCGUUCGCCGACAACUCGUCCCAGCUGCUCUUCUCUGGCAGCGACGACGCUCUGUGCAAGGUGUGGGACAGGCGGACGCUACGAGAGGACCGACCGCAGCCCGUCGGACAGCUGGCCGGCCAUCGGGAUGGCAUCACGUUCAUCCACAGCAAGGGGGAUGCGCGCUAUCUAAUCAGCAACUCCAAGGACCAGUCCAUCAAGCUGUGGGAUGUCAGGAAGUUCUCACCCAAAGAGGGGCUGGCUGCCUCCCGCCUGGCCGUCACCCAGCAGAACUGGGAUUACCGCUGGCAGCAGGUUCCCCAGAGAGCCCUAAAGAAGCACAAGCUGACAGGCGACACGUCGGUGAUGACGUACCGCGGCCACGGCGUUCUGCACACGCUCAUCCGCUGCCGCUUCUCGCCGGAGUUCAGCACCGGUCAGAGAUACAUUUACUCUGGCUGCUCCACUGGGAAAAUCAUCAUUUAUGACGUGCUGACCGGCGGCGUGGUUUCCAAACUGUUGGGUCAUGACGCGUGCGUGCGGGACGUCAGCUGGCACCCGUAUGAGGCCAACAUCAUCAGCAGUUCUUGGGACGGCGCGGUGCGAAUGUGGGAGCACCGGCAAACCCACCCUCUGGAGGAGGACCGAGAGCGAGAGCACGACCGACAGGAGAAGAGGAGCGACGAGUCGAAGAAACGGAUGUGACGUCACAAUCGACGGUGACGAAGCUUCAGUCGGUUACUGAAGCUUUUGAGCUCAGAGCGACUGCGAGAGAUGUAUAAAACUUUUUAAAAUGUAAUUAUGGGUAUUAUUAAGUCCAAGUUAAGCAUGGCUGUGAAGUAUUCCUUUGGAAAGUGCGGUGGCUCUUUGUCCAACACUUCAGGUUGUCUCGCCGCCCCUCGCGGCGUCUGGACGAAAACGCUUCAUGCAAACCGCGUUCCUGCUGAAAGCUGUUGAAAUUUAAUGCUUCAUUAGAUCCAAUAAUUAAGCAACGUGGGAGAAUCCUGUACACAUGUAUAGUAUUUUAAUGGUAUGUGCGUCAGCGGGUGUGUUUAGGUAGUCGUCAGUGGAUCAGUUUGGACUCUGCUGUUAUAAGUAAGACAAAAAAGUGCCCUAUUUUAGGUGCUCUCUUAUUUUAAACUCCCACUUUCAGACAGAACAUAACAUAAAUUUUGUUUUCUAGUCGUCUCAGUUCACUACGGCAAUGCUCGAUUCAACUGAAGUUCUCAGUAUGUCAGCUCACUGCUGGAAAUUUUACCUGCUGGUUGUAUUUUGAUUCUGAAAAACUUUAUUUUUUUUUUUGUUGGCCAAUGAUCUAUUUCAAAGAUUUGUAUUUUAAAAUGUUCAGUUCAGGACUGCAGAUGUGCGCAGGACAUCUGUAUAUAAUUUUCUGGUGUUUAUAAUGAUUCUCUUUAACAAUAAAAGGAAACUUUCUCCAAAUGCGUCACAAAA